GCGGGGUGGGUGGGACUUGGGCUGUCAGCCACCCACCGAGGAGGAAGCUGCGGGCAGCGUGUGGUGUGAGGAGCGGGACCGGACCUCUGCAGAGUCCGGCGGCGGAGGCCGGGCCAUGCGGGUGUACCCGGGAGCUGGGCCGCCGGGGCUCGUGGUGGCGGCAGCCACCGUGGUGCUGCUGCUGAGCGGCGUGAGACCGGCGCGCGGCUCCGAGGACAUCGUGGUGGGCUGCGGGGGCUUCGUCAAGUCCGACGUGGAGAUCAACUACUCGCUCAUCGAGAUAAAGUUGUACACCAAGCAUGGGACUUUGAAAUACCAGACAGACUGUGCCCCUAACAAUGGUUACUUUAUGAUCCCCUUGUAUGAUAAGGGAGAUUUUAUUCUGAAGAUUGAGCCUCCCCUAGGGUGGAGUUUUGAGCCAACAAACGUGGAGCUCUACGUGGAUGGCGUCAGUGACAUCUGCACGAAGGGCGGGGACAUCAACUUUGUGUUCACAGGCUUCUCUGUGAAUGGAAAGGUUCUCAGCAAAGGGCAGCCCCUGGGUCCUGCCGGAGUUCAGGUGUCUCUGAGAAACACGGGGACCGAAGCGAAGAUCCAGUCCACGGUUACACAGCCUGGUGGAAAGUUUGCAUUUUUUAAAGUUCUUCCUGGAGAUUAUGAAAUCCUUGCAACUCAUCCAACCUGGGCAUUGAAAGAGGCAAGUACCACUGUGCGAGUGACCAACUCCAAUGCCAACGCUGCCAGUCCCCUGAUAGUGGCUGGCUACAAUGUGUCUGGCUCUGUCCGCAGUGACGGGGAGCCCAUGAAAGGGGUGAAGUUUCUUCUUUUUUCUUCUUCAGUAACCAAAGAGGAUGUCCUGGGCUGCAACAUUUCACCAGUGCCCGGCUUCCAGCCCCCAGACAAGAGUCUGGUGUAUUUGUGCUAUGCAGUCUCUAAAGAAGAUGGCUCGUUCUCCUUCUAUUCCUUGCCAAGUGGGGGCUAUACUGUGAUUCCAUUCUAUAGAGGGGAGAGGAUUACCUUUGACGUUGCUCCUUCUAGACUCGACUUUACAGUGGAACACGACAGCCUAAAAAUUGAGCCCGUGUUCCACGUCAUGGGAUUCUCUGUCACUGGGAGGGUCCUGAAUGGGCCCGAAGGAGAAGGUGUUCCGGAGGCAGUAGUCACUCUGAAUAACCAAAUCAAAGUGAAAACAAAAGCUGAUGGCUCAUUCCGCCUGGAGAACAUCACGACUGGCACAUACACCAUCCAUGUGCAGAAAGAGCACCUGUACUUUGAAACAGUCACAAUCAAAAUUGCACCUAACACACCUCAGCUGGCUGACAUCAUUGCCACAGGGUUCAGUGUCUGCGGCCAGAUAUCAAUCAUUCGCUUCCCUGACACUGUCAAGCAGAUGAGUAAAUACAAAGUUGUCCUGUCUUCUCAAGACAAGGACAAGUCUUUGGUCACUGUGGAGACGGAUGCUCAUGGAUCAUUUUGUUUUAAAGCAAAACCAGGGACCUACAAAAUCCAGGUGGUGGUUCCUGAGGCGGAGACCAGAGCGGGGCUGACAUUGAAACCCCAGACGUUUCCUCUCGCUGUGAAGGACAGGCCUGUGAUGGACGUGGCCUUUGUACAGUUUUUGGCAUCAGUUUCUGGGAAAGUCUCUUGUUUGGACACCUGCGGCGACCUGUUGGUGACCCUGCAGUCCCUGAGCCGCCAGGGUGAGAAGCGCAGCCUCCAGCUCUCUGGCAAGGUCAACUCAAUGACUUUCACCUUUGACAGUGUGCUCCCCGGAAAAUAUAAAAUUAGCAUCAUGCAUGAAGAUUGGUGCUGGAAGAACAAGAGUCUGGAGGUAGAGGUUCUGGAAGAUGACGUGUCAGCGAUUGAGUUCAGGCAGACGGGCUAUAUGCUGAGAUGUUCCCUUUCUCAUGCCAUCACUCUGGAAUUUUAUCAGGAUGGAAAUGGACCCGAGAAUGUGGGGAUUUAUAACCUCUCCAAAGGAGUCAACCGCUUCUGCCUGUCCAAGCCCGGUGUGUACAAGGUGACCCCGCGCUCCUGCCACCGGUUCGAGCAAGCGUUCUAUACCUAUGACACGUCUUCACCCAGUAUCUUGACGUUGACAGCCAUUCGCCAUCAUGUCCUUGGAACUAUCACCACUGACAAAAUGAUGGAUGUCACUGUGACUAUCAAGUCUUCCAUUGACAGUGAACCCGCCUUGGUCUUAGGCCCCCUGAAGUCUGUGCAGGAGCUUCGGAGGGAGCAGCAGUUGGCUGAGAUUGAGAGCCGCAAGCAGGAGCGGGAGAAGAAGGACAAAGAAGAAGGUGGAGAGGGAAGGACCAAGCCCCCCGUCCAGGAGAUGGUGGAUGAGUUACAAGGCCCCUUCUCUUACGACUUCUCUUAUUGGGCCCGGUCUGGAGAGAAAAUCACUGUCACACCCUCGUCUAAAGAGCUGCUCUUUUAUCCCCCUUCCAUGGAAGCCACCGUCAGUGGAGAAAGCUGCCCAGGGAAGCUGAUCGAGAUCCACGGGAAAGCAGGUUUAUUCCUGGAAGGUCAGAUCCACCCAGAGUUAGAAGGAGUCGAGAUUGUCAUCAGUGAAAAGGGGGCAAAUUCACCACUGAUCACAGUCUUUACUGAUGACAAAGGUGCCUACAGCGUGGGGCCCCUGCACAGCGACCUGGAGUACACUGUGUCCUCACAGAAGGAGGGCUACGUUUUGACUGCAGUGGAAGGAACCAUAGGAGAUUUUAAGGCCUAUGCCUUGGCAGGCGUAAGCUUUGAGAUAAGAGCUGAAGAUGACCAGCCCCUCCCUGGGGUCCUCCUGUCUCUCAGCGGUGGCGUGUUUCGUUCCAACCUCUUGACUCAGGACAAUGGCAUUCUGACGUUCUCAAACCUGAGCCCUGGCCAGUAUUACUUCAAGCCCAUGAUGAAAGAAUUCCGGUUUGAGCCAUCUUCCCAGAUGAUCGAGGUGCACGAAGGGCAGAACUUAAAGAUCACCAUCACCGGGUACCGAACGGCGUACAGUUGCUACGGCACAGUUUCUUCUCUAAACGGAGAACCAGAGCAGGGUGUUGCCGUGGAAGCGGUGGGACAGAACGACUGUAGUAUUUAUGGGGAGGACACCGUGACAGAUGAAGAGGGAAAGUUCAGAUUACGUGGAUUGCUGCCGGGAUGUGUGUACCACGUGCAGCUCAAGGCAGAAGGCAAUGAUCACAUCGAACGGGCCCUCCCCCACCACCGGGUGAUUGCGGUUGGCAAUAACGACAUCGACGACAUCAACAUCAUAGUUUUCCGGCAGAUUAAUCAAUUUGAUUUGAGUGGAAAUGUGAUCACUUCCUCUGAGUAUCUUUCUACAUUAUGGGUAAAGCUUUACAAAAGCGAAAACCUCGACAACCCAAUCCAGACGGUUUCGCUCGGCCAGUCCCUCUUCUUCCACUUCCCGCCGCUGCUCAGAGAUGGCCAGAGUUACGUUGUGCUCCUGGACUCCACGCUUCCCAGAUCCCAGUAUGACUACAUCUUGCCUCAAGUUUCUUUCACUGCAGUAGGCUACCACAAGCAUAUCACCUUGGUUUUUAAUCCCACGAGGAAACUGCCUGAGCAAGACAUCGCCCAAGGCUCCUACAUCGCCCUGCCGCUGACGCUGCUUGUCCUGUUGGCUGGCUACAACCAUGAUAAGCUCAUUCCCUUGCUGUUACAGUUGACAAGUCGACUGCAGGGUGUCCGGGCUCUUGGCCAGACAGCCUCUGACAGUAGUGGCCCAGAAGAUGCCAAGCGACAAGCCAAGAAACAGAAGACGAGACGGACGUGAGGAGCAGGAGGGGCAGUGAAGUCUCACUUGGGACAGGCAUGGCCAAGGGGCACCCCCCCCCCCACUGGCAUGAAAGCAUGCGUUUGACUGACUUCAGAAUGUGCUCUUUGCCCUAUGCACCUCUGUCAGCGUAGCUGCCUGUACCUGUCCUCCCCCGUCUGGCCCCUCGGUGCAUUGCAAUGAAUUGGACCCUCCUGUCACUCUGCUGAGCACACUUUAUUUUCUGAGUUGAAGAUAAUUUAUUAUUAUUAUUUUUGUCAAAGAGGUAUUUAAGCUGUGCUGGUGGUAUGAGAAUGUAAUUCUUAAUCUUCAGCAUUCAUUUGCAAGAAGAAUUCAGUAAACAUGGGUUUUGGCCCCCUCGUGAAGUACCUGUUGGAGUUACCCUUUCCUUUAAUGUCCCUUUGCACCCAAGAUCCCUGCCGGGAACUGCACAACGUGUAUCUACUACUAGGAGGGUAUGUUAGGAGGUAAAAUCAAUAAAAUUGCCCAUUCAUUGUGUCAUAGCUCA